AUGGAUGCUGCACCGCCCAAUACACGGAAUCGCAUCUGGACAACCGCCAGCAACCACAAUGUCUACUUUGAUGAGAAUCUGCAGCAGCAGCGACUCCAAACGCCAGCUAAUCGAAAUCUUUUGUCUGGCCAACUGGCACCGGUGCGUGCUUUUAGCGAAAACGGCCAUGGGGACAGUGCUCAGAGCAAGCAGCUGCCCUACGAGGCCAUCAACUCCAAUCUAAUUGGCGUGCAAUCCAAAUUUCGGCGCAGAUAUUAUCACAAAGUUGUGCUGGGCGUGUUGGUAGCGCUCGUAGUCAUUCUGCUAAUAACAAUCAUAGUCUUAAGCGUAACAUUUAAGAAAUCUAGUCAUAUAUGCCGGAGCAAGGAGUGCAUCCGCACAGCGGCUAGCCUCAUCUAUGCCAUGGACGAACAGACUGAUCCCUGCGAGGACUUUUACAAAUUCACCUGCGGUCGCUGGGCCAACGAGCAUCCGCGUCCCGAUUCGGCCACAUCGAACGAUUGGUUUCGCGAGCGGCAGGCGCAUAUAAUGCGCUUGGUUCGCUCCUUUCUGCAGUCGAAUAUCAGCAGCGCCGAGCCAGCUGCCGUGGGCAUGGCCAAGACCAUGUACCGGAGCUGCAUGGACACGGAUCUGCUGGAUGAGCGUGAUCUGGAGCCGCUUGUUAACUAUUUGCAACGCUUCAAGCUGCCGCUGCUGCCCUCAGCCCUGAACCUAACAUUUAGCAGUGGCUCGAAAUAUGCUACAGAGACGAGCAACUAUACUUACAACUGGCUGGACACGGUGGUGGCUAUAAAGCGCCAUCUGAGCCUGGACCUGAUAGUGGGCUUCGACGUCUUUCCCGAUCCCUUGAAUCGAACACUCAAUCGCAUUGCACUGGGCACGCCCGAAACGGAGUCCGCAUUUCCCUUUAACAAUGAUGAUUCGCAUAAGAUGCUGCGCAAGAUCCAUAGACGUACCAUCUACUUGCAGUAUAUGGAUGAGAGCGAUGACAACGACAAUCACGAGACGGAAGAGGAGGAGGAGGAGGCCAGCAAGCAGACCAGUGCAGGCAUGUCCGCCUAUGUGAUGUACGUGCGCAAGGUAAUCGAGAAGUACUUGCUCUAUGUGGAUCCCGAUGUCAAUCAGGAGGAGGCCACGCUGGGCAUUAAGGAGCUGGUGAUGCAGGCCGUCAAGGUGGCACGCAAGAUUCAUACGCUGAAAGAGGAGGCAGAGAACAUAACGAAGCCCUCUAGUAAUCCCGUCGAGGAUAUCAUGUACAUUUCAUUAAUGAAACUUCAGAAUCAGACAGAUAAAAACAUUGCGCCGCAAACGAUGCCCAUUUGGGUGCGCUACAUGCAGCUAUUGCUCGAGGGCACGAAACACGCAUCCACAAUGGAUAUCAAGAAUACGACUAUAAUAACCAGCCAGGCGGAUAUAUACUAUCUGCAGAACAUCGUCGCAUAUCUGCACGAAACGCCCGCCAUGCACAUCGAAUCCUAUUUGUGGCUAAGUGCACUCGAGGAGCUGGUGCUGCACACGACCAGCGACAUGCGUCUGCUGCACGGGGAGUACAUGCGCCUUGUCAUCGGCACCGAGGGCAGCACUCCGCGCUCCCUUUAUUGUGCACACGGCGUGAAUACGUUGUUUGGCAUGGCCGUGAGCUAUGUGCUGGCUGAUGAGCGUUUCACGAAGGAGACCUUGCCACGCGUCGAGCGCAUGCUGAGCGAUAUACGACGCUCCUUUGAUCGCCUGGUGCGCUCCACUAACUGGAUGGAUGCGGCCACUAAACGUCAGACCAUCCAGAAGUCAGCUGAAAUGAAGAGCUUCAUUGGCUUUCCCCACUGGCUGACCAAUGCGACUGCCCUCAAUGCCUACUACGAGGGCGUCAAGGUCAAUGUGAGCACUCAUCUGGAGAAUCUAAUGGGCUUUGUGCACUGGCAAAUGCUGGCCAAAAUCAAUGAUAUGGACAAGCCAGAGCCCAUCGGCUGGGCGACUUCGCCGUCAAAUGUGAACGCUUUCCAUACGUUUCAAUCGAAUGCCAUUACUGUGCCCAUUGCCAUUCUGCAAUAUCCGUUCUACGACCUUGGCCUCGAAGCUUUGAAUUACGGCUCGAUUGGUACGAUACUGGGGCAUGAGCUGACGCAUGGCUUCGACGACAGCGGCCGGCGAUUCGACAAGGAGGGCAACAUGGUCGAGUGGUGGUCGAACCAGACAAUCAAUGAGUACGUCAAUCGCACCGAAUGUUUCGUGGAACAAUACAGCCGAUACUAUCUGCCGGAUAUUGGGGAAUACAUUGAUGGCGAGCUAACUCUGGGCGAGAACAUUGCGGACAAUGGCGGCAUGCGGGAGGCCUAUCUGGCGUAUCGGCUCUAUGUGAAGGAGGUGGGCCGCGAGCGUCUAAAGCUGCCCGGGCUGGAGCAUUAUACGCACGAACAACUCUUCUUCAUCGCGUUUGGCAAUCUGUGGUGCGAGACCUAUACGCCAGCCGCAUCGCGGUAUGCGCUCGAGGAUUCGCACUGUCCCGGUCAGAUGCGCCUGAAGGGCGUACUGUCCAACUCCGAGGAGUUUGCGCGCACAUUCAAAUGCGGCCGUGGCACAGCCAUGAACCCAGAUCAGCCUAAAUGCCGCAUCUGGUGAUGAGUACA